CUAUUCAAGAGCGAUAAUGUUCACGAUAUGACCUUGUUCCUGAAUUUGUUGUGUCUUGUACCUACACAAGACAACACGCCUCAUACCUUUACUAAGAUUUUUGAUACGGAAUGCAUAAAUCCAAGGAUUCACGGCGCUGUUUGCCCACAAUAGUAACUGGAAGAUUUUCCAAAGAUGAACCAGUCGUUUACGAUCAACAGUCAUUUGAAGAAGGAUAGUAAAAGUUGUAGGCAACCAGCAUAUUGCAAACAACCCGACUAGUAAAGUCAUCGUUUUUACUAAACGACUGUCUUUCAAGUAGGCAACAGCUAGAUUGUUAUUGAACCUACUUAGUUUUUGAAUAUGUGCUUUUCGACUUUUGAAUGCAACAACUGCCACAACGAGGUGUGAAAUCACUAUGAUCAGAAACGCCGCAAUGAUAUUCACAUUCACAAAGAUGUUGUAUUUACGAUUGUAAACCUGCUUUGCACAUUCAGAGACAGAUUCAUCAAAAUGAGGCAUUCGCUUGUAAAACAUGAAACAACAGACGACAAUCGGAUAAAGCCAACACAGUGUAAUACACAGCAUUGCACGUCGGCGUGUUACAAGCACUUUAUAUUUUAAAGGCUUAGUAACAGCAAUGUAACGAUCUAAAGCAAUUCCACCUAAGCUGGCAAGAGAAACACCAUACGAACAUCUGCUAAUGAAAGAUCUAACUAAACAGAUGUAUUCAUUCUGUAUGACUCUGCCGGAGAUAAGCGGGGGCAAAUAUAAGCUGAUGACACGCAAAGGUAAUACCACUGCCCCGAUAAAAAUAUCAGCCACCGCCAAACUGACCAAGAACAUAUUGCUCACUGUUCGCAACGAUUUAAAUGAAAUGAUACUGACAACUACUGGGAUAUUUCCACCACAUAUCAACAAUGAAAGAACACAAUUUGAUGUUAGCAUGAAUAUUGAAAAUGAGUCCAAUGUUUCAUUCUUGGGAUUCUCAACAUCUUUCGUUACAUUCAUAUUGUAGUUGAUUCACUUCCAAUUUCUAAAUGUCUAUUGGCAUGGGUUUGAUUUUGAGAUU